UAAUCUCGACCUAGAAAUUAGUUCAAAGUGAAAAGCUCGUCCAACCGUCUGGAGUUUCAUUUCUCCAGUUGCUACACUUGUUUACUUCCCAAACCUUCAAAUUAUAUUCUGGCAUGGAAGAUUUUGAGAAGAAGGUGAUAAUUUCAGAGAAUAUGCAAACUGAUGAAUCCGAUAGCCAAGAUUCAAGGUCGAAGACGCUCAUUUUACUUCGUAAAUUUCUCUCUCUUCAGCAACGAAGAGCCGAAGCUUACACCAAAUUACGAGAUGGUUUUGCUGCAUACACGAUCUCAGGGGCGGAGUCGACUUACCAACAGCUUUGCAGUGAGAUCACUGUAGAGUUCAGUGAUUGCUCAAAACAAGUUUGUGAGGUGGAAUCUCAAUUUCUGAAGCCUGACUGCUCUAGAGAUGAUCUAGCUCGAUUAUUAAGAGCUGUGCAAGAACUGGAGAGGGUGAAACUGCAACUGACAGCAAGAAUGCAGGUUUUGAAGAAGGCUGGACGACCAUCUGAACGACUUGUAACUCAUGAGAACUGCAGCUACAAGAAACCAGCGCAACAUGAAUGCGUGCAUGUCCAUGAGUUAACUGAUGCAGCUGGAACCGAAGAAGCAGAGGCAGAUGCAGACUACGAUAAUGCUGUCAAGGAAGCCAUUAAAGGUGUGCAGGAGGCUGUGACCUCUAUAAAUGAACACUUGGAAGAAGUGAGGUAUGAAAUUGCUGCUCUCGAGUCUGAGUGAUCUCGAGGGGACAUUUUGUUGUAGCAUCUGUGCAGAAGUCAUUAACAUUGUCUUUGGUUUAGUGUGAUCGCUACAGUUAUCAGCCAAUGAAAUACAUGUAUAUCUUUUUUUAUCGAUACUUAAAGAUGGUGUAAUCAGGGUUUUAUCUAAGGUAUCUUUCUCAAUGAUAAUAUGAAGCUGGUAGUAAGGAUUCCCUGGGGUUCCAUAUGACUAGAAACAAUACAUCCUGCAUAUGCAAUUCAAUCCGCCGCUUGAUUAGCUUUCCAUGAUUUGAGAAAUAGAAAGAGAAGUUGCUACUGAAGAAGACGAGUAAAUCAAUCUUCCAAGGAGUACAAGGACUCUUGGCAUAUUUUAUAGCCACAGACUACUCACCUGAACUUCAAUUUGUGGAAACCAUGAGGUGUUUUGAGUGUAUUAAUGUACACCUCUCUUUCCUCUGUUUACUUUUGAUACUUGUAAUUCACUAUACAACUAAUAAAGGUAACUAUAAUAUAUAAACUAGGGCUAUAUAUUAUAUAUAGCUUGGCUCAA